AUGUCAAAAAUCCAAAAACAGCAAUGUCACAACAUAACCAGGGAAGAGCAUAAAGCACUUCGAAGCCUCCAGGAAGACUCGAAGAUUGUCAUUCUGCCUGCUGACAAGGGAAACUCAACGGUCGUCUUAGACCGGCAGGACUACGAUGGCAAAAUCCGAGACCUCCUUGACAACAGUACGUAUGAAAAUCUCAAAAAAGACCCGACAUCGCAGAUUCAGACUAAGCUUAAUAAGAUACUUGCUGAUAUAUUCAAGAAAUACCCAGAUGCAAGAGCCCUCUACUCACGACUUAUCUGCAGGAACGGUAACGCGCCCGGUUUCUAUGGUCUCCCUAAGAUCCACAAGCCCGGUAUCCCACUUCGCCCCAUUGUAGACUUCAGAUCGUCCCCUCUUCGGGCGUUAUCCUGCUACCUACACAAGGUUUUAUCCCCGCUCACCGGAAACACCCCAACUCAUGUACGAAACUCUGCCAACUUCGUGGAGCGCGUCUCACCACUCACCAUCAGCGCUGACGAGUGCCUCGUUUCGUUUGACGUUGUGUCUCUCUUCACGAACGUGCCGGUCCCACUGGCAGUGGACGCUGCCAGGAUGGCACUUGAGAGGGACAACGACCUGGCGACUAGAACCAACCUCAGUGUUCACGAAGUGUGCCGCCUCCUAGAUUUCUGCCUCAGCGGAACGUACUUCUCAUUCAACGGAGAGUACUACAAGCAGACUACCGGAACAGCAAUGGGUGCGUCAAUAUCUGUAACAGCAGCGAACUUGGUGAUGGAAUCAAUUGAAGAAAGGGCCCUGCAAUCCCCCGAUAUUAAACCGAAAACAUUCUUACGGUACGUAGACGAUUGCUUCUGUAUUUUGAAGAAUUCCGAUGUUGACGAGUUUUUGGCACGCCUAAACCGCAUCGAGCCAUCCAUCCAGUUUACCGUGGAACUCGAGAGGGACAACGUUUUGCCUUUUCUCGAUGUACUCGUAAAGAGAGAAGGAAGUGACCUAAAGUUCACCGUGUACAGGAAGCCCACUCAUACGGGACGAUAUCUAAGACAGUGUAUCGUUGUGCUCGGCACAUUCACAAACGUCUGA